AUCUGGUUACGAAGCGCAUGUUCCAUGCCCAGUUGUCUCUUGCACAGCUGUAACUGAUUUCGGCACUUGGGCGCGAUUGGUAGGUAGCUCACUUCGCCUGUGUGCCAGCAAACACCGGGAGAGCGCAGGCGCAGUGUUACCCUGGUCACGUGAAGGGAGCGGGUGGGAGGGCAGGGGCGGAGCUCGGGUGGAGGGGGGGCGGUUUGUUGUGGUCGCCAUUUUUCUGGUUGCAUUACUGGGUAAUCGGGGCCCUGGCACGCCGCGUCCGUCGGAUACCUUCCGCCCGUGGGCAGGUCUGAGCUCGGGCUUCCCGAGCAAUUUGGAGUCCCCUUAUCCGCGCCCUCAGGUCUCAGCGGCGGUGGCAGCCGAGGUACAGGAUGCGAGAAGGCGCCCCCUGGCCGGGCUCCCACUCCAGGCCUCGCGCCCCUGCGGCCCUCUGAGCCCACCAUGGCCGUCCCACCAGGCCAUGGGCCCUUCUCUGGCUUGCCGGGGCCCCAGGAGCACAUGCAGGUAUUGCCUGAUGUGCGACUGCUGCCUGGGAGGCUGCCCCUGGCCUUCCGGGAUGCAGCCUCAGCCCCUCUGCGCAAGCUCUCUGUGGACCUCAUCAAGACCUACAAGCACAUCAAUGAGGUAUACUAUGCGAAGAAGAAGCGGCGGGCCCAGCAGGCACCACCCCAGGACUCGAGCACCAAGAAGGAGAAGAAGGUCCUGAACCACGGUUAUGAUGAUGACAACCAUGACUACAUUGUGCGCAGUGGUGAGCGCUGGCUGGAGCGCUACGAAAUUGACUCUCUCAUAGGCAAAGGCUCCUUUGGCCAGGUGGUGAAAGCCUAUGAUCAUCAGACCCAGGAGCUGGUGGCCAUCAAGAUCAUCAAGAACAAAAAGGCGUUCCUGAACCAGGCCCAGAUUGAGCUGCGCCUGCUGGAGCUGAUGAACCAGCAUGACACAGAGAUGAAGUACUACAUAGUGCACCUGAAGCGGCACUUCAUGUUCCGGAACCACCUGUGCCUGGUGUUCGAGCUGCUGUCCUACAACCUGUAUGACCUCCUGCGCAAUACACACUUCCGUGGCGUCUCGCUGAACCUAACCCGGAAGCUGGCACAGCAGCUCUGCACAGCACUGCUCUUUCUGGCCACACCUGAACUCAGUAUCAUUCACUGCGACCUCAAGCCUGAGAAUAUCCUGCUCUGCAACCCCAAGCGCAGCGCCAUCAAGAUUGUGGACUUUGGCAGCUCCUGCCAGCUUGGCCAGAGGAUCUACCAGUAUAUCCAGAGCCGCUUCUACCGCUCCCCGGAGGUGCUCCUGGGCACGCCCUACGACCUGGCCAUUGACAUGUGGUCCCUGGGCUGCAUCCUGGUGGAGAUGCACACAGGAGAGCCCCUGUUCAGCGGCUCCAAUGAGGUGGACCAGAUGAGCCGCAUCGUGGAGGUGCUGGGGAUCCCACCAGCCCCCAUGCUGGAGCAGGCACCCAAGGCUCGAAAGUACUUUGAGCGGCUGCCUGGGGGUGGCUGGACCCUACGACGGACAAAGGAACUCAGGAAGGACCUGGUGCUGCGCAUGCUGGAGUAUGAGCCCGCCGCCCGCAUCAGCCCUUUGGGGGCUCUGCAGCACGGCUUCUUCCGCCGCACUGCCGAUGAGGCCACCAACACAGGCCCGGCAGGCAGCAGUGCCUCCACCUCACCCACACCCCUCGACACCUGCCCCUCCUCUAGUACCGCCAGCUCCAUCUCCAGCUCUGGAGGCUCCAGUGGCUCCUCCAGUGACAACCGGACCUAUCGCUACAGCAACCGAUACUGUGGGGGCCCUGGGCCCCCCAUUACCGACUGUGAGAUGAACAGCCCCCAGGUCCCACCCUCCCAGCUGCUGCGCCCCUGGGCAGGGGGUGAUGUGCCUCACAAGACACAUCAAGCCCCUACCUCUGCCUCAUCACUGCCGGGGACCGGGGCCCAGUUACCCCCCCAGCCCCGAUGCCUUGGCCGGCCCCCAUCACCAACCUCACCACCACCCCCGGAGCUGAUGGAUGUGAGCCUGGUGGGCGGCCCUCCAGACUGCUCCCCACCUCACCCAGCGCCUGCCCCCCAGCACCCGGCUGCCUCAGCCCUCCGGACUCGGAUGACAGGAGGUCGUCCACCUCUCCCACCCCCUGAUGACCCUGCCACUCUGGGCCCGCGCUUGGGCCUCCGUGGUGUACCCCAGAGCACAGCAGCCAGCUCAUGACCCAGCCCCCUCCCUGGGGCCCCUCCUGAAGCCAUACCCCCUCCCCAUCUGGGGGCCCUGGGCUCCCAUCCUCAUCUCUCCCCUUGACUGGAAUUGCUGCUACCCAGCUGGGGUGGGUGAGGCCUGCACUGAUUGGGCCCGGGGCAGGGGGUCAAGGAGAGGGUUUGGCCAUACUCUCCCACUAAGGACUGGACCCUUGGCCCCCUCUCCCCCAUUGUUUUCUAUUUAUUGUACCAAAGACAGUGGUGGUCCGGUGGAGGGGAGACUCUUACCCUAGGGCCCUAGGAGGGGGUGGGGGCAGGUAGGGGGAGAUGGCCUUGCUCCUCCUCGCUGUACCCCCCCAGUAAAGAGCUUUCUCACAUGCCUGCCUGAGCGUUUGCAGGGCCUUGGUCCCCUCACCUGACCCCCAGAGGCAUGGUGGGGCAGGGGCUUGGGAAAGGGGGUGCCAGAAGAGCUCUGUGGUGUGGGUAUAUCCCUUCUGGGGAAGUUAUGGCUGUUGAUAGAGGCAUGGGGCCGCAGGAGGUCUGGAGCUAAAGAGUCCUGGAUAGGGUCCUAGCCCAUAUUUACCUUUUCCAGGGUAAACUGAGGCAUGAAGGAGGAAGGAGUAAAUACCCCUUUCUGGCCUGUCUCUGGGAAACACUAUGUUUUGCCCUCAUAAGUCAGGGCUCCCGGAGGAGUCUGCACAGGAACAACUUCUGCCAGGCAGGCAUCCGGUAGGUGCUGGAUGCACUUGGCCUUGUUAAUGCCAUCUGGUAACAGGCAGGCAAUGGGUACAGACGCAAUCCACACGUCUGGUCCCAUCCUUUGGAAUCAUUGCGGAGCAAAGCAUUUUGAGAGUCUCAGGCAGAAAAAGGUACUCCCUGGGUUCCAGGUAAGUAGUCUUGUUUCCCUGGCAGUUUGGAAAUUUCUGUCUCCCAACGGGCCAAUCAAGAACCACCUGGUUCAAAGGGUAGGUUAUCCCACCAUUGGGGCGCGGCAGUUCCUGGGAAAUGGAGUUUUCUACGUGGCAGUCUCUUUACGUCCUUCUUUUGAUGGAGAACUACAAAGACCAGAAUUCUCUUCGCUCACACGUUUGGGGGAGGGUUUUCAGGAAGCCAAUCGGCAGUUGGAGGUCGCUGAAAGCUGGAUAUUGGAGGCGGGUCAUUAGAGGUACAGAGACCAUGACUGGGUGGUUUUGUUUGUGGGCUUCCCUGGUGCUGAGUUUUGCUGGGUGUGCGAAAGAUGGGCUCGGGUUUAAGAGGGCAGAGCACACGGGUUACAUGUGUGUAUACAGUUUCAAAGCAGAUCCAUGGGCACUGAAACCUGAAGUAGCUGCGUCGUGUGGGAUAGCUGCCCAGUCUGUCUAGGCUGCCUCGCAGGAAGCUCCUUUUGGUAGAGUAGGACGUGUACCUGUUGACAAAUGAGAGAAAGAUUGAAAUGCGUUGGGAAUCCAGAGAAAACAUGGGUAGGGAGAUCUUCCUGGAAAAGCAGGAGAUAAAUUUGAGCUAAGAUCGGAAUACGAAAAGGAUGUAUUGGGGAUGAUAUGGUGGACUGGCAUGCCCAAAAGCAGCAUGGGAAAGAGCCUGUGUUUUGUGAGCCGCAGGUGAUUGGGUGGUUUUGGAGAUCAUUUUGAAAGUUCUGAAUAGAUUCGAUUGUGGCAGAUUUUCUUGGCCAUCUAGUGAAGUGACUUUGUCCUGAAAGCAAUGAGGAGCCAUAAGAGGAUUUUGGGAAGGUAAGGGGCAUCGCCUAGUUUGCUGUGAUAUGAGAAUAAGCAGAUUGACUGGAAAGACUCUGGGUCUACUGGCUGUAGCAGGUUCCUAGGCAAGAGAUGCCAGGCGUGAAUUAGAGCAGGGCCUGAGUGCAGGAGAGGGCGGGUAGAUUGGCAGAAUGUAUGGGAGGGGGCGGUAGAGGGUGGGAAGAGAAUAGUUUCUGUGCUCACCCUCUGACACUAGAUUCUCCGUAAAGAAAAAUUUUUUUCUUUUUCUGUUUUGUGGUUCUAGGGAUGAAACUCAGGCCAUGUGCAUGCUGGGUAAGCGCUUUACCCCUGAGUCACACUCUUACUGCCUCAGUAAAAAUUUUUUUGAAUGAACAGUACUAGGAGACAGGUACUCCUGUGAUCUUUCUUUUGUAAAUGAGGAUACUGAGCGCAGAA